GAUAGUAAAGGGGCAGCCAGCAGGCUGCCCCUUUUUUGCUCCAAGUGCCGCAGAGAGUUAGCCGAUCUGGUCGUAACUGCGGAGGAGCUUGCCGGGGAGGGCGCCGGUGCACUCGUUGUCCUGGAACGUUAGCGCGCCGUUGACCAGGAUGUAGCGCAUUCCGGUGGGCUUCUGGACCAAGCGCCGCUCGCCGCCAGGGAAGUCGGUGGCGAACUGAGGCUUGUCAUAGAGCAGGCCCAGCUCGUCCAUGUUGUAGACCAUGACGUCAGCGAAGUCGCCAACGCGGAGGGUGCCACGGUUCUUCAUGUCGGAGAACCAAGCGGGCAGGGCGCUCAUCUUGUAGUGAGCCUGCUCAAGGGACAUCAGCCCACGGGUCGCGGACCCAAUGGCCCAGGAAGUAAACCGGCCAUACGCUGUUGACCAAGAACCGGGUGUGGGCUCCGCCGUCCGAAACCGAGAUGUGGACGAAGGGAUUCUUCAGCCUUUCCGCCGUGACGUCAUCGCCCCGGUUGUUGGAGGGAUGGGCGAAUUCGGUCUCGAGAUCCUCGUCAAGGGCAAUGUCGAGGAAAGCGUCCAGCGGGUGCUUGCCCUCGGCCUCGGCGAUGUCGGCAAUGCUCAGGCCUUCAUACUUCAGGUUACGCUCGUGGGCAACCUCUACGACCUGCAGCCUCGUCCAGUCGGUGCGGGGGUGCGGGCGAUCAAGGACAUCCUGCUUCAUGCCAAUGCGGACACCGUCCUCGGAGAGCUUGGCGAUGCGCUCCUCCUUGGUACCAACCAGAGGCUGCACCCAGUUGGACAUGUAGUCAAACAGGUUGUACUCGGAGAGUUUGAACUCCGAUAUGGUGGGCACCGGGCCGAGCUGAGCCAGCACCGGCAAGCCCUCGGCCUGUACCUCGUCCAGCCAGUUGUAGCCCUCGUCGUCACCGAGCACGACGUGGAGCGGCCGGCCGCUCAUCCGCACCAUUUCCGCCAGCAUUUCUCGCUGUCCAGCGCGGUCGUCGGAGAUGCCGAUGGUCCAGCCGAGGUGGCCGACGCCAAACUGGGAGAGUACCUGGGAGAGGGCGAGGAAUUCCUCGCGGGAGGCCACGUGGCUGGGGAGCCAGCUACCAUCUUCGGGGCGGUCCUCGAGGUUCUUGUCCGCGGAUAUGCCGAAAGCUCCAGCCGUCAUGGCAUCGUGAAGAAUCUGCUUCAUCUGGUUAAGCUCGGCAUCGGUGACGGAGGUGCGCUCGCGGGCGGGGAUCAUGCCCAGCACAUAGCCGCGCAAGGGCGAGAAGGGGACCACGCAGCCCACAUUGACGCCGAGACCCUGGCGGUCGAGGCUAUCCAUGUAUUCAGGGAAGGUCUCCCAGUCCCAGCGCAUGCCCUGGCGCAUGGAUUCAAGAGGAAUGGCCUCGAUGCGGUUCAUCAUCCGCAUGUUGAGGUCGCGGUCCUCCGGCCGGGUCGGGGCGAAGCCGAAGCCGCACUGGCCGACGGUCAGGGAGGUGACGCCGAACUGACGGAGAGGGAGGCGUAGGGGUCCCAGUUGAGCUGGGCGUCGUAGUGGGUGUGCAGGUCGAUGGCACCAGGGGCCACGAUGCAGCCGGUGGCGUCGAGCUCCCUGGCUCCAUGGCCGUGGAUGCGGCCACUGACCAUUGCGACCCGGCCGUCCUUGAUGCCGAGGUCUGCGCGGACGCGGGGGGUGCCGGUGCCGUCGACGACGGUACCGCCGCGUAUUACGAGGUCGUAUUCUGGCAUUCCUAUACCUCCAC